GAGUCACCAAAAUGCCAAGAAGGGAAACAUCGGACUGGAACUUAAAAAAACAAAACAAAAACAACUAGGACAUGCAGUGUGAGGUGGACAUGGAUCUUCUUUGCUGGGGAAGUGGGGAGCUUGGACAAACUGGGCACGGCAGGCCAGAGGUCAUUCCUCCAGAGGAGGCACUUCUGAAAGAGUUUGCAACAUCUGGGCUGGGCAGUGUAAAGCUGCUUGCAUGUGGAUCCAGUCACUCUGUUGUGGUUACAGUGGAUAACAAGAUCUUUGCAUGGGGAAAUGGCACCAGUGGACAGCUGGGUAAUGGAGAGAGGGCAGUAAAAAAACAGCCAGUCGAAGUCAAAUUGCCACAGGAACUAAACGUCAGAGGAAGUCACCUAGAUGGGAAUAUUGCCAAUGUAGUUGGCAUAGCCUGUGGAAGCCGACACUCCUUCAUAUGGACCGAAACUGGGCAGGUCUACAGUUUUGGGAACAACUUUUAUGCUCAGCUAGGCUAUGACUUCCAGAGGGCUGACUUCAAAGAGAACCAGCUGGCACCGUGUUUGUUCCAGAAUCUUCCAUCAUCUCUGAAAAUAUCCCAAGUGGCCUGCGGAGAGCGACACACUCUGUUUGCUCUGGAGGAUGGCAGUGUGGCGGCAUGUGGCCAAAAUGAUUAUGGACAAAUUGGCAGCGGUUCUAAUGAAAAUGCGGUUGUUCCCCGCUUUGUGGAGCGUGUGGACCAUGUGUCGAAGGUCACCUGUGGGGCAAACCAUAAUCUUGCACUGACAGAUGGUGGGAAUGUCUUCUCCUGGGGGAUGGGGCAAGAGGAUGGCUCCUAG